AUGUCUUUGUUUGUAAAAUUCAACCUCAAGCGUAAAAAUGGGACAAGAUUCCUUAAAAGAGGGAGUCGACUAUUAGAGGAGUCCCCAAUAAUCGAUCAAAAUCUUGACAAGAAACGCAAGUCUAAAAAACGAAUCAAAGAAUCAAAUAUAUUGGAGAUCGGGGACCGAGGCAAAUCCGAAGACCGCGAAACCAUCACAAACAUUGAAACCUCAAAACCGUCCCAAGACGGAGAUGGCGUGGAAGACGAGUUCAUAAUGGAUUUUGAUGAAUUGGCAUCUUUAGAGGUUGUUGAACAAGACAACGUUUCCUUGUUGUCGAAAACACUCAAAGAAGAAUUUGAGAAAUCAGGAACAGUCAAGGAAAUCAGUGAAGUAGAAGAAAUAGUCACCAUUUCUGUCUUGAUAAAAUAA